UAACGCGAGCGGCAACUGCAGCGGCUGUAGCGGGCUCUUUGCGCCAGGCGGUGCGUGCGCGAGUUUUGGGUCCGUGUCCGCUAGUUGGGGGGUUGCGGACCAUCCAUUCAUUCGGCAGCGAUGGAUCGAGCGAGGACUCUGGCCGCGUUAUUGACGCCGCUCACCCGGGCCUUGCUGUCCGGAAGGUGCGGGGCCGCGCGUCUGGCAAGCACUGGCCACUUCGGCGUUCACCUGCUCAAGGUGCCCGCGCGAGGCUAUGUGACCCGCGCUGCAGCCGAGCCGUUCCUCAGCGGCAGCUCUUCUGUAUACGUCGAGGAGAUGUACCGAGCCUGGACCGAGAACCCAAACUCCGUGCACAAGUCAUGGGAUGCCUUUUUCCGGGCUGCGACGGCUGGGCUAGGCCCAGGCGAGGCUUACAGCUCUCCUCCUGCCCUGGCUUCAGCUAUGACCACAGUGGCCGUGCCUCGCGUAGGUCCUGCAACAAUGCCGGCACCCAGCCCGUCCAAACUUCCAAGCACACAGGUGGCACCGAGGGACAUCGAUGAUCACCUUUCUGUUCAAGCGAUCAUUCGGUCCUACCAGGUAAGGGGACACCUGGCUGCCUCGGUUGACCCUCUUGGAAUCGUCAACCCCAGCUCACACUCGCCCCUAAAUCGAGAGCAGCUGCAUUCGCCCGAGGUGGUGCUUCGAAAUUACAAGCUAGAGGAGAAAGACAUGGAUCGCCUGUUUAAGCUUCCUGCAACCACAUUCAUUGGUGGUGAGGAGAGCAACCUGCCACUGCGGGAGAUACUGCGGCGACUGGAGAAUGUGUACUGCACAAGUAUUGGUGUGGAAUACAUGUUCAUUAAUGACCUGGACCAGUGCAACUGGAUUAGGGAGAAGUUUGAGUCGCCUGGUGUCAUGCGGCUCAGCAAGGAUCGCAAGCGCCUGCUGCUGUCGCGUGUUGUUCGAUCCACUAAAUUUGAAGAGUUUCUGGCCAAAAAGUGGGUUUCAGAGAAGAGGUUUGGAUUGGAAGGUUGCGAGGUGCUCAUCCCUGCCAUGAAAACCAUAAUUGACCGCUCAAGUGAGCUCGGCAUUGAAAGUAUCGUGAUGGGUAUGCCUCAUAGGGGUCGCCUGAAUGUCCUGGCAAAUGUUUGCCGAAAACCUCUUGAACAGAUCUUCACCCAAUUCAGUGGACUGGAGCCUGCUGAUGAGGGCUCUGGGGAUGUGAAGUACCACCUCGGAAUGAGCCAUGAGCGUUUGAACAGAGUGUCAAACCGAAAUAUCAAGCUUGCCGUCUGUGCCAACCCUUCGCAUCUGGAAGGUGUGGAUCCAGUGGUCCAAGGCAAGACUCGUGCUGAGCAGUUCUACCGGGGGGACACUCAAGGCAAGAAGGUGAUGAGCAUCCUUUUGCAUGGAGAUGCAGCCUUUGCUGGCCAGGGAGUGGUCUACGAGACCUUCCACUUGAGUGACCUGCCAGACUACUCCACCCAUGGCACCAUUCACAUAGUCGUCAAUAACCAGAUUGGCUUCACCACUGACCCCCGGGUGGCACGUUCAUCUCCCUACUGCACGGAUGUCGCUCGUGUGGUCAAUGCACCCAUCUUUCAUGUGAAUGCUGAUGAUCCUGAAGCUGUCGUGCAUGUGUCAACAGUGGCGGCUGAGUGGCGCAGUCGCUACGGGAAGGAUUGCGUCAUUGACCUGGUGGGCUACCGACGCAAUGGCCACAACGAGGUGGACGAACCCAUGUUCACACAGCCUCUCAUGUACACCAAGAUUCGCAAGCAGGCAACCCUCCUCGACAUCUACUCACGCAAGUUGCUCGACGAAGGCGUUGUCUCUGAGAAAGAGAUUGAGGAGGAAAAGGAGCGGUACGAAAGCAUCCUGGCAGAGGCUUACAAGAACGCCGAGAAAGAGGACAAGUCCUACAACCGGGACUGGCUUGAUUCGCCCUGGAGUGGUUUCUUUGGGGACCGUGAUCCUAUCAAGUGUGACCCGACGGGUGUGCCCGAAGAUGUCCUUCAGCACAUAGGCACGGCAUUCAGCUCACCCCCGCCGGGCAACUUCAAGAUCCACCCAGGCUUGCGCCGUAUCCUCAAGGCGCGUGCUGAGAUGGUUGAGCAGAAGACGGUCGACUGGGCCUUGGGCGAGGCCAUGGCCUUCGGUUCCCUGCUCAAGGAGGGCAUCCAUGUGCGCCUCAGCGGGCAGGAUGUUGAACGGGGCACAUUCAGUCACCGGCAUCAUGUGCUGCACCACCAGACGAUCGACAAGACGACCUACCGACCCCUGUGUCACCUUUGGCCAGACCAGGCACCCUACACCGUCUGCAACAGCUCCCUAUCUGAGUAUGGCGUACUUGGCUUUGAGCUGGGAUUCUCGAUGACCAACCCUAAUGCGCUGGUGAUGUGGGAGGCCCAAUUUGGGGACUUCAUGAACACUGCUCAGUGCAUCAUCGACCAGUUUAUCAGCAGCGGGCAGGCCAAGUGGGUCCGGCAGAGUGGCCUCGUCAUGCUUCUGCCCCAUGGCAUGGAGGGCAUGGGUCCUGAGCACUCAAGUGGCCGGCCUGAACGUUUCCUCCAGCUCUGCAGUGAAGAAUCUGAUGUCUUUCCGACCAUCGACGAGGACUUUCCCAUGCGUCAGCUGAACGACAUCAACAUGAUCGUUGCCAACUGCACGACGCCUGCCAACUACUUCCAUGUGUUGCGGAGGCAGAUUGCCUUACCCUUCAGGAAACCACUCAUCCUUCUGACACCAAAGUCACUGCUCCGGCAUCCAGAGGCCAAAUCACAUUUCAGUGAAAUGACUGAAGGUACAUCGUUCCUGCGGCUCAUCCCAGAUAGCGGCCCAGCUAAGGACAACGCAUCGGCCGUGCGCCGCCACCUUUUGUGCUCGGGCAAGGUGUACUACGAACUCACCAAAGAGCGCAGGACACGCAAUCUUGACUCUGAAGUGGCCAUCACACGUGUUGAGCAGCUCUGCCCAUUCCCGUUUGACCUGGUGAAGCAGGAGGUUGACCGGUACCCCAAUGCCGAGAUCUCCUGGGUCCAGGAGGAGCACAAGAAUCAGGGCUUCUGGUACUUUGUCCAGCCACGGCUGCAGACUGUGGUUGCCCACCAAAAACCCAUCCAGUACGUGGGCCGUGCUGUCUCUCCCUCAACAGCGACGGGCAGCAAGCACACACACAAGAAAGAGUCUGAGAAGCUUCUCAAUGACAGUUUUGCUUGAGUGGGCUGUCUUGGUUGAAAAUGAGAGAGGGGAGAAGAACCUUUAUGUUUAAAUCCAAGUCAAGAUAAGGAAGUGGAUGACAGAGCUGCCACUGUUGACCGUUCUUUUUGUAUCCGAGACACGCUUCUUGCAUUAGAAAAUUGGCCUUUUAUGUUGCUGCAGCUUUCAUGAACGGCACCAGCACAUCUUGGCAGUUACAGGGGCCUUCGCUAGCUCUGUGCACCACAUGCUGCAAAGUAGAUCUGAUUAAACGGCCAUAUCUCCUGCACAGCAGGAUAAACUCUUGCGUACUGUUCAAGCAGUUUGGUUUUGUUCUGUUGCGGGAGUGGGAGGAGCAGGAUACGAGAACAGCAGCCUGAUUUCAUGUCAUGUUUAAAAGAAUGUUCUUGCACAGUAUGUUUCUCAUUGUGCACUAAGAGCGCAGUCUCUUGUCAUGCAAACUUCUCCCUGUAAAACACCAGUGUUUUGUAAUUAUUGCAGUGGAGAUUUGCCAGACCUGGAGUGCAUAGCAACAAAUGUGACCAGUCUUUGAAGAUGAGGCCCUCCCAUCUUAAAUGGUUGCUUCCUUGUAUUAGUGUGUUGUGUGGCCUUUGUUAUGCAGCAAACUUGUUUCUGCUCACUGCUGUUAUGUGUGAUGCUAAACGUGUGGUCAGCAAACUUGUUUUUGGAGCAGAUGUACUGGAUAAUUGCUGAUGGGCACUUGAGGUGCACUUGAGCUGUGGAACAGCAGAGUAAAAGCAAGUAGUAUGGUGGAAUUUGCUGUUCUUUUGGUUAGAUAACUAUGUUUUUAAGUGCUGUGGCUUCCUCUUUAGUUCAACACCGUUGGAAAAGGUGUGCAGAAAGUGAUGUGAGGCACGAGCUUGUGCUUUGUUGGAAGUAGCUGCUUGCUUUUUUACUUGGUUAUGUCUCAAGGCUGUUUUGCAAGGAAGCAAAGAUCAAGCAAGAGCAAGUAGUUUUCUAGUGCAAGAAGCACUGCUCUUGCAUUGUAAGUGUAGGCCAGUGGGUAGACAGUGGGCCAGUGGUAGACUCCUAUGUAUUUUAGGGGACAAAAUGUACAGUAAUUUGCAAAAGUGCAUCAAUAAUGCCUGUGCAUUGCAGUGAGAGCUCUUAAUGAUAAGUUUUCUAGGACCAGUGCUUUGAAACUUAUUUGCCAUAGUUUACGCAUGAAUGAAUACUAAAGUAUUGCUUUUAAUUUUAUAUGCACGCAGAAAGAAAUGUAACCCCAGCACACAACUCUGUUAAACAUCCAGUGCUUCAAAUAAAUGUAUGGCAAGUAUAUUAUGUCGAUGAUGGCAGUGUUCUUUUAAUAAGGGAAGCUUUCAUUUGUUCUAUAAGUUCAAAAAGUAGACCUCGGGCUGCUCUUUUUAAUCCUGUUUCGAAUGACAGAAAUGAAACUUUACCAGGAACGAGUUUUACCAUAAACCAGAAUUUUGGAAGAUGGAAAGUAAAUGACAGUUUCCUUCCCUCUUGGAAAGUGACAUUGUCAGCACUGAAAUCUUGUACUUUUACAUAAAUCGAAGUUAGGGCCAGUGGUGUAGAGGGCCGUGGUGGUUUCUUUGAAAAGCUUUUAGACUUCAAUGAUGUUAUUUGACUGGCAGUCUUCAUUUUGCCAGUACCAUACUGUCUUGUGCUUAGUUAAUUCAGUUGUUGCUGCCCCAUUUUUCGACUGCAGUCCUUUCACUUGCAUUGAGUUUCUGACUCAACGUAGGUUCAGGAAAAGGCACGCAGUAUUAGAAACAUAAGUGACAUUGCAUGGCUGUGGCAUGAAAGAUGUGAUUUCAUUUGUUUUCAAUGAUGCGUUGUCCCACUGUUACUUCAGCAUGCGAUGCACUGUUGACUACAUUUUGUUUUAAUUUUACAUUUUGUUUCAAGGCAUAUAUCGUUAUUUAAGCAGUUCAUUCCUUUUAUGUAGUGUCAUAGCUUUUCCUUUUUCUGAUCUUGCUUUGUGUUGUAGCAGAUGUUGCAUUUUCUGAUGUCACAGCUUUGUCUCCUCUGCGUUUUAGCAUGUUUGCGGCUCUUAGAAGAUGCAGAUAAUUUUAUCAAAUGUACCUUUGUACAUUUGUCUACCUUGUGGCCUCAUUGCUUGGCUAUGGCACACACACAAGAAUUGUUUCUGCAAUAAAAGUGUUUACAAGCAA